AUGGCCGACUGGCACACUCGCGCGACCGAGGCCCUCGCCGCCAAGGCGAAGCCGGCGGGAUCGCUCGGCCUCCUCGAGGAGUGGGCUGCCGUUCUGUGCACCGUCCAGCAGACGCUGGCGCCAGUGGCCGAGCCGCAGAGUGUUCUCGUCUUCUGCGGCGACCACGGCGUCAAGAGGGCCGACCAGUCGCUUUCGCCCUUCCCGCCCAGCGUGUCGCAGGCCGUCUUCCGCUCGCUCUGUGCUGGCAUAUCCGCCACAGCGGUGCUGGCGAGAACGGCCGGAGCGCACCUGGCGGUUGUCGACGUCGGCCUCGACGGCGACGUGAGCGAUCAGCGGGCCGACGCGAACCAUUCGAUCAGCGUGCUGCACCAAAAGGUGGCCUGCGGCACCGCCGACUUUCGCACCGCUCCCGCAAUGGACGAGGCGGAGCUCUCGCGCACGGGCCUGGACGAUGGCGGGCUGAGGCACAAGGAGGAGACGGUGGCGCGGGCGUGCGAGGCGCACAGCGAGCCCCUCCGCUCCGCCGGCCCUCUCUGCGGCGCUUCGCGCGCGCGCGAGGCGCUGCGGCGCGUGGGCGGCCUCGAGCUGGCGGCGAUGACGGGCGCAUUUCUCGAGGCGGAGGAGCGGGGCGUGGCGGCGGUGGUGGACGGCUUCAUCAGCGGCGUCGCCGCGCUGUGCGCCGUGCGAAUGCGCCCCUCGUGCCGCUCGCACUUGCUCUUCGCCACCGCGCUGCAGGAGGAGCCGUCGGCAGUGCGCGGCGGCGAGGUGCUCGCGGAGGCGCUCGGCGCCACGCCGGCGCUGGGCAUGGGCCUGCGGCUGGGCGAGGGCAGCGGGGCGGCGCUCGCGCUGCCAAUGGUGCGCGCCGCCGCCUCCAUCGUCGCAGAGAUGGGGACGCUGCAGCAGGCGCUCGCGCUGGGAGGCGGCGGAGAAGGUGAUGUCUGA